AUGUCGCGCCCGCAUCACAGCAGUCGCGCCAGCACGCGAUGGGCAGUGCGCAUCGUUCCCUUGUUUAUUCUCGGCGUUUUAGGCGUGGCCACCUACGCAGUCGUCGAUCGUCUUUGUAUCAACUACCUGUACAGAAAGAAACACCAGUCAGGCGUCGUCACGGCCUUCCUCGUCCUCUACUUCCUCUUCUUCGUCCUCAUGAUGGCCGCCUAUAUCCGAACCUUCUUGACCGUCCAACUGAACCCAGGCGUCGUCCCUCUGGCUCCCGAGGAGCAAACCGAGCGCGAGGCUGCCGAGAAACUUCGAAAACGACGUAAACGCAACCGAGAUGUCGAGGACAGGGCGCUGGCGCCUCCCGACCCGAACCCGGAUAGCCCCGGCCUCGAGGCCUUCUACAGCAAAGACGUCUUCGUCUGUGAGGCCGACGGCCGGCCUAAGUGGUGCUCAGAGUGUCAGCAAUGGAAGCCUGACCGCUCGCAUCACUCAAGCGAUCUGAACCGCUGCGUCAGAAAGAUGGACCAUUUCUGCCCCUGGGUUGGUGGCAUGGUCUCCGAGACUUCCUUCAACUUCUUUACGCAGUUCUGCUUCUAUUGCGGCCUCUUCUGCGCCGUGAGUCUCUCUGUGGGAGCAUACUCCUUUUCGCAGCACCACAAAGAUGGAGACCCUCUUGAUGGCUGGGCUCUCGCGAUCAUCGUUCUGUCUUGCCUUUUCGGCACCUUUACAUGCGGCAUGGCGCUCACCUCUAUUCGCUACAUCUUGAUAAACACCACAAACGUCGAUAUGCUUAAGAGGCCACAGACCACCACCUUGGCGGUCCGCAUCCCUCUGUCGACUCCGCCGUCGGACAAGUACAACGUCAUCGUAUAUCCGCUUCGAGGACCGCCGCGACGACCUGGCUCCGAGGGCCAGCAGCCGCUCAACCAUCACGCCCCCAUGUCUUCCAGAGAUCAGCAGGCGGAGCGCAAGUUUGCCAUACUGCGCACAAAACCACGCGAAAACCCAUGGGAUCUGGGCGCCAAAGAGAAUUGGAAGUCCGUCAUGGGGGAUAACUUCGUGGAGUGGUUGCUUCCUAUCCGACACUCGCCGUGCUGUAACCAUGACAGCAUGGAGAGCGACUACAAAUUUGGCCCUCUGGUUUCCAGGUUGAGGAAACGCUAUGGAGCCCCCGGGCUCGGCACCUCUUCCCGCAGCGGACAUGGCGUCGAGUUGCAGGAGAGGGGAAGCCGGCGCGCCAGUCAGUGA